GUUGUUUGUGCAGCCUCGGCAGCGGUGGUGACCCACAGUGAUUCGGCCGCCGCGCCGGGGGGUGGGGGGGCUGCGCGGGACUCUUUUCUUUCAGACUGACCGCGGGGCAGCUGGGGAGCAUGUCGACUCCGGCGCGGAGGAGGCUCAUGAGGGAUUUCAAGCGAUUGCAAGAGGACCCACCUGUGGGUGUCAGUGGCGCACCAUCUGAAAACAACAUCAUGCAGUGGAAUGCAGUUAUAUUUGGACCAGAAGGGACACCCUUUGAAGAUGGUACUUUUAAACUAGUAAUAGAAUUUUCUGAAGAGUAUCCAAAUAAACCACCAACUGUUAGGUUUUUAUCCAAAAUGUUUCAUCCAAAUGUGUAUGCUGAUGGCAGCAUAUGUUUAGAUAUCCUUCAGAAUCGAUGGAGUCCAACAUAUGACGUAUCUUCUAUCUUAACAUCAAUUCAGGUCAAGCAUGAGUUGUGCCCAAGAAGCAUAGCCAGAGGAUGUGGAGAAGGAAGAAAACUCUUCUUGGAGAUAGAGAAAGAUGAUUGCUUAUUACAAACCAUAGGGACCUCAAGAAACUGCCAAGUGCAGAGAAGCAGUGUUGAGUAUGAAUAUGUUAUCCCAUCCGAGAAAUUGUUUAAAAAAAAGAAGAAGAAGAAGAUAGUGUUAACCAUCUGCCAAAGCACUCUGUCUCUGCUGGAUGAACCGAAUCCAAACAGUCCAGCCAAUAGCCAGGCGGCACAGCUUUAUCAGGAAAACAAACGAGAAUAUGAGAAAAGAGUUUCGGCCAUUGUUGAACAAAGCUGGAAUGAUUCAUAAUAGACAUCUGGUCUGUUAAUUUUUUUCAUCAUUGUUGUGUAUAAUUUACCUCUCAGUAGAAAGGCUAACACAUUUUAAGUGCCACAGGUUUUAAGGAUUCUGCAGAAAAAAAAAAAGUCCUUCAGUUUAGACCUACAAAAGCUUGUGUAUCUUGAUUAAUGUACUUUUUAUUGCAUGGUGUGAACUAAGUUAUUGCUUACAUAAAUUUGUAAUAUAUCCUGUUUGUAUUUUUUUCCAAGUGUAUAAUGUUGGUGUGGAGUUUUCAUGACAGAAUAAUACACAUUUUGUAAAUCUGUACUUUUUUCAAAUAUUGAAUGCCUUAUUUUUGAAUUCUUUAGAUUUUUAAAUUGGAGAAAAGCACUUAAAGUUUUUUAUAUAUGAAUAUUACAUGUAAAGCUGUUAAAAUACAUAACUUCAGUGCAAGAGACUUUGUCACUUAUUUCCUUAUCUGUGUAGGAGGGGUUAAUAAGUCUCUAGCUCUCCCAUCAAUUGAUAGUUUCAUUUCCAAUUUCAAAAGAACAGAUUUAUAUUUUAUCAAGAAAUUCUUCAAAUUUGAUUCUAAACACCAAUUAUAAUUUCACAUUUUAUUUUGAAUGAAUGAAACUAUAUCAGUUUCACUUGAGCAAUCAUAGACAUAACUGGUUUGAUUCUGUCCCACUCUGUAUUUAGGCCACUUGUUACUGUUUCUUCCUGCACUAUUUACUGUUAAACUGUACCUUUUGCAAUUUCACAGUUUGUACCUCUACCGUGAGGAUUCGGCACCUCUACCUGGAGCACAGAGCUAAUGCAAUUUAUUUUGCUGCUUGAUAGCACUUUAAAAAUUUUUUGAUAAAGUAAAACUGUAAACACUUAUCAAAACCCAUGCCCCACUAUUAACACUGAAUAAGAUUUGAUUGCAUUGGUUUAGCAAGGCAGAUAUUUGGAAAGAAUCUUGGUGUAACUUAAAAUAUUUGAAAACUGCCUUUUAAUGCAAUUGCGUAUCUGUUUAUUCUGGAAAAUUGUUUUAAUACCAGGGCCUGCUGAGUUGCAUUCUCUUGUGGAGAUUUUUUUUUUUUUUUAUCUCCUAAGUUGUAUAAAAGUUGUACUGCAUCUUAGUUUACUGGAUAAAUUUAAAACACAGUAUUGUAGAAAGCUAAUACAAAGCUAUCCUAUGCCUUCAAAUAGCACAGAAAAUGGAAAAUAUACAAGUAAAUUCUGUUGAA